AUGGCGACAGCUAACAUCCCCUCGAUUGCCGUGGUGGCCUCCUCGCGUGCCGUCAUCUCUGGCCGUUUGACCUCCGCCACCGUUGUUAUCUCUCGCACUACCGGCAAGAUCACUGCCGUCUUUGAUUCCGUGAUCCCUGCAUCGGAGUUCCCCGCCGAUACACCGUAUACCGACUACUCGCCCAACGUUCUUCUGCCUGGGUUGGUCGACGCUCACGUUCACCUGAACGAGCCUGGCCGUACAGAAUGGGAAGGCUUCUACACCGGUACCCAGGCUGCCGCCUUUGGUGGUGUCACUACCGUGAUUGAUAUGCCUCUGAAUGCCAUCCCCCCUACCACUACCGUGGCGGGCCUCAAGGAAAAGCUUGACGCUGCCUCAGGCAAGUGCUGGGUUGAUGUUGGUUUUUACGGUGGCAUCAUUCCCGGCAAUGCCCAUGAGCUUAAAGCGCUGGUCAAAGAGGGUGUCCGCGGGUUUAAGGGCUUCCUGAUCGAUAGUGGUGUGGAUGAAUUCCCCGCUGUGAGCCAAGAGGAUAUCCAGAAGGCGAUGGCUGAACUUGCAGAUGAGCCCACUACGCUAAUGUUCCAUGCCGAGAUGGUGCCGCCUAUCACCAAGUCCGUUGGCGACGAGGCCCAAUCAUCUGAUCCCCCCGCUGCCCCAACCGGUCCUCUAGAGGCCUACUCAACCUUCUUGGCUUCGAGACCCUCAGAGUUUGAGACUUGCGCUAUUGAGCGCAUCAUGUCCAUGGCCCACCUGGCUCCCAAUCUUCAAUUGCACAUUGUCCACCUGUCUGCGAUGGAGGCUAUUCCCAUCCUGCGCGAAGCCCGUGCUCGCGGCGUCAAGGUCACUGCUGAGACCUGCUUCCACUACCUGUCCCUAGCCUCUGAGGAAAUCCGUGAUGGUGAUACCCGCCACAAGUGCUGCCCGCCCAUCCGCUCCCAGCUGAACCAGGAUGGUCUCUGGGAGGAGCUGGAGAAGCACACUGGUGACGGCGUCAUCAAGACCGUCGUCUCGGACCACUCCCCCUGCACACCCAACUUGAAGCAACUCCCCUCGCACAUCCCUGGUCACUUCGACUCCGGCAAGGAGGAGAAGGGAGACUUCUUCUCCGCCUGGGGCGGCAUCUCCUCCGUCGGCCUGGGCCUGCCCAUCCUUUGGACUGAGCUCAGCCGCCGCAAGGGCCUGACCCCCUCCCCCGAUGACGAGAACACCAAGAACGCCCUGCAGGACGUUGUUCGCCUCUGCUGCGCCAACACCGCAGCCCAAGUCGGCCUGGAGACUCGCAAGGGUGACCUGCGUGUCGGCUUCGACGCCGAUAUCUGUGUCUUCGACGACUCUGCCGAAUGGACCGUCGAGCCCAGCACCAUGCUCUUCCGCAACAAGUGCUCGCCCUACCAGGGCCGUACUCUGCGCGGUAUGGUCCGCGAGACCUGGCUGCGUGGUGAGCGGGUCUUCAGCCGCGAGAACAACUUCGGCGACAAGGGCCCGGCUGGCAAGCUCCUACUCGAGAAACGAGUUUGA